AUGAGGCCGCAUAUGCAGAAGAUAUCGGCGUUUUCGAGGAACGUUCGUGUGCAAAGUUGGACAAGACGCUCAUACGCCUUCCAGGCCGCUGGCGGGCCCGUCUUUGAGGUCUUCAAUAGAAGGACAAAAUGGUUACAAAAAGAAAGAGCUGCGUCCAAUCCACAACUGAGCAGACAGGCAGACUAUCUGAAAGAUGAAGUUGCCGUCCGGUUGUGUGAACGACUAUUGGACAUUAAACGCCAAUUCCCAAAUGUUCUGGACCUGGGAGCCAAUGCCUGCAACGUUGCCAAGGCAUUGACGCGAGAGAACCCAGAUCCGGAUCCGGCGAAUCCCAUAUCCCCUCCGAUAGCCACGCGCAUGUCCAAACUCACCGCUGCUGAUUCGUCACGGGCCAUGUUGUACCGGGAUGCUGACGAGCCUUGGAAUCGUGAGAUGGACAUCUCCCGCGUGGUCCUGGAUGAUGAGGAGACUCUCCCAUUUGAGCCGGCUACUUUUGAUCUGGUGCUUAGCAACCUGAGCAUGCACUGGAUCAACGAUCUCCCCGGCGUACUCGGACAGAUCAAUAACGUCCUUAAGCCAGAUUCGCCCUUCAUUGGCGCGAUGCUUGGCGGUGAUACUCUGUACGAGCUGCGGACGUCUUUGCAGCUGGCCGAGCAAGAGCGUAGGGGAGGCGUGUCACCGCACGUCUCGCCUCUGGCCGAUGUCAAAGACGUUGGCGGGUUGUUGCAGCGUGCCGGGUUCAAGAUGUUGACGGUGGACGUGGAUGAUGUUAUUGUCGACUAUCCGGACAGCUUUGCCCUGAUGCAGGAUCUGCAGGCCAUGGGCGAGGGAAACGCCGUCAUCGGGCGUGAAAUGGGCGCCAUCAGUAGGGAUGUGCUUCUUGCCAGCGAUGCCAUCUAUCGGGAGUUGCACGGAAACGAAGAUGGCAGUCUUCCUGCCACCUUCCGAAUAAUUUACAUGAUAGGCUGGCGGGAGGGGGAGGGCCAACGGCAACCUCUCCCUAGAGGCAGUGCUCAGAUAAACCUCAAGGACGUCCUUGAGACCAAAUAA